AGUUGUCUAUGGAAACACAGAACGGAAUCUUGUAAAAAGAUUAGGCCAUUUCAUAAAACAAAUGUAUAGUAACUCGCAGAAAAUAUCUUCGGGACACUUGUAUUUAUUUCAGCUUUGCAUUUUAUUUUAAAUUGAAUUGUGAGCAGCAUUGUAGGUCCAUUGAAAAGGAUUCAUCUUCGACUUGCGGAAGGGUUAGCAGUCUUGAUUCUGCAAUAGAAAAGAUUGCAUUGAGAGGAGACGUAAGAUUACAGUGUAAGCUGACAUUAGUUUGCGUUAUACUGGAGGCUACGGAACCUUUGGCGUCUGGGGCUAGGAUGUCAGUACUGAAUCAGAGCGGAGAAGAGCAGGUGGAAUGUCCCCUGUGUAUGGAACCCCUGGAAGUGGACGACCUUCACUUCUACCCGUGCACAUGUGGUUAUCAAAUAUGCCGGUUUUGCUGGAAUCGUAUUCGGGAGGGCGAGAACGGUCUGUGCCCGGCGUGUCGGAAGGCCUACCCGGAGAACCCCGCAGACUUCACUCCGCUCAGUCAGGAACAGGUGGCAGCGAUAAAGACGGAGAAGAAAGCGCGCGAGCAGAAACGGCGGAACAAGACGUUGGAGUCCAGACGCGCCCUCGCCAACGUGAGGGUCGUACAGAACAACCUCGUGUUCGUGGUGGGGCUCCCUGUGCGGCUGGCGGACCCCGAGAUCCUCAAACGGCAAGAGUACUUUGGAAAAUACGGAAAAAUCCACAAAGUAGUUAUAAACCAAAGUACCGCGUACGCAGGCUCACAGGGCCCGUCCGCGUCCGCGUACGUGACGUACGUGUCGCCGGCGGACGCGCUGCGCGCCAUCCAGGGCGUCAGCAACGUGGCGCUGGACGGCCGCGUGCUCAAGGGCUCGCUCGGCACCACCAAGUACUGCGCCAACUUCAUGAAGAACCAGCCCUGCCCCAAGCCCGACUGCAUGUACCUCCACGAGCUAGGUGAUCCUAAAGCGUCGUUCACGAAGGAGGAGAUGCACGCGGGGCUGCACCAGGUGUACGAGCGGAAGUUGCACAACCAGUUGCAGCAAGCCACUCGCGACACGCCCACAGACAAACAAUACAGCAGUUCAGGUAAUUCUAGUACGAGCGCAGAAAAAAGCAGUUCAAAAGAUGGCAAUCAAUCAAAUAACAGUCAGGCGGCAGCGGUCACAUCACCUAAUAUAAAUGUAGUCAAUUCAUCUAAAUCUAAAAAGGAGUGUAACGGCGUCAGCGAGAGCGGGGCGGGCGGCGACAAGAGCGGCAAGGAGGCGUGGCCCAGCCUGGCCGAGCCGCCCGCGCCCGCCAGCCCCGCGCCCGCCCCCGCCGCCCGCAACAAGUCACAAGAAAACGGCACAUCAGAAUCUUCCAGUCCCACACAACUCACACAGCAGGCUCAAACGAACACAAAAAGCAACAAAGACCACACGGACAAAACGAGAAGCAAGGACAGCACAAACCCUCAGCCCAACAAGAAAAGUAAAUCCGACAAGAAGAAAAGCAAUAGUAUUAACGACGAAGACAAAACAGAGAAACACACGCAGAGUAGUAGCACUAGCACUGUAUUCGAGGCCGAUUCCCACCAGUACUUGACGAACGAAUUGGACGAGUUGGAGUCGGACAGGCACAGCCUUCUCGAGAACCACGACUUAUUAGAUAAUAGCGAACACAACCUACUAGAGGACGACACACACAGCCUGCUGACGGACCCCAAUAAUGACGUCAUGAUGAUGCUCAGACACAAGGAAAUGUUCGCGGGCUUAGUCGAGAACAACAUGGCGAAACCGCUGAACGGUUACGGUUUAUUAGACAGAGACACGAUCAGUUAUUUAGGUAAUGAUAGGCAAAUUAGUCAAAAAAUUCCGAUGGGCAAAGUGGAGAGGGACCUGAGAAGAGAGGAGAUGCUGCGGCAGAACGAGAUGCUGGCGCGGCAGCGCGCCCUGGAGCACAAACACUACUUGCCCGCCGCCAGUAUAGCGAUGGAUUCCGCUAGUGAAAUGUUAGGUGCUAAUUAUCAUCCAAAUCCCAGUAUGCUUCCACCGUUCGGCAUGCGCAUAGACAAUUCAAUGGGCACAAGUUUAGGCAUGAACACAAUGGCCAAUAUGAACACCAACCUAGCCAACAAUAUGCCCAGCAGUUUGACCAACAAUAUACCCAAUAAUCUGACUAGCAAUCUCCCUAAUGGCUUGACUAAUAGUCUUCAAAAUGGUAUGGUGAAUAAUAUGACAAAUAGUUUGGUAAACAAUAUGCCAAACAGUUUGGUCAAUAAUAUGCCAAGCAGUUUGGUCAAUAAUAUGCCAAACAGUUUGGCCAAUAAUAUGCCAAACAGUUUGGCCAAUAAUAUGCCAAAUAGUUUGGUUAAUAAUAUGAGCAAUUUGAAUAAUAUGCAAAGCAAUAUGAAUAGUAUUCCGGCCGGGUUUAUGAUGCACAAUCAAAUGUUGGGCCAACAACAACAACAACAGAUGCAACAGAAUGCACUCGUCAACGGGUUCGAUGCGCCACAGUCUAGCGAAGGACGAUAUCUCGCUGAGAACAUGGAUAAAUUCUUCACGGACUUCCACAAAGCGCAGCAGCGCAGGCUCAUGCUGUCGCGCGAGGAGCUGGAGCCGCAGCAGCCGCACAUGUUCGCCAGGAACAUGCUCAGCGCCGAGAGACUGGAGAUGGAGCACAAACAGAGAAUGAACAACCUGCGAGUGGGCGAGAGCAGCGCACGCGCCGCCGGCGACGGGGACGACGACCUGGACUUCGACCCCUUCAAGGAGACGCAGAAGGCGCUGCAGGAGAUGAUGGAGACCGAGAUGAUGCAGGGCGUCUCCAGCGGCGACAACAUGGAGCGCGUGCGGCGCGCGCGCCUGGCGCCGCCCGGCUUCGGCCACCUCGGGCUGCCGCAGCCGCGCCCCGUCGCCCACCACGCAGGUUACACAUCUCAGCAGAACUCGUUCUCCGACUGGACGCAGCUGGACCCGGCCAUCGUGUCCACGUCCGUCAGCAGAGCCAAGGGCGCGCCACAGGGCUCGCUCACGCAUCAGCAGCAGGAGCUGUUCGCGCAGUUCAGCCAGCUGUCGGCGGGCGGCUGGGCGCCGCGCUUCGUGCCGCUGCCGCCCGGCUUCGCGCCCGCCAAGCGCCCGCUGUCCAAGGAGUGCAUCGACGCCAAGUAGACCGCAGCGCACACGUUUUCUACAAGAUAUACCCGUUUCCGUUGGUCGUGUCAUCGAGAAAUCUUUGUAUUAAGAAGAGCAUAUUUUAAACGAGAGAAAUAUGAUAACAAAGGAAUUUGUAAAAUAAAUUAACAUAUUUGUUUUAUUUAAAAGAAAAUACGUUAUAUAUAUAUAAAGUUUGAUUUUCUUUUCGGUUUCGGUUUCAUAACUCGCUGUGACCUCUCUUUUUCUUUGUUUCGUGUAUAUGUAUAUUCGUUAUUAUAUUAUAUAUUUACUACAAUCAUAUCCCUGUUAUGACAGAUUAUAUUUUCUAUAUUAAAAUGAGAUGCCAAUAACUCGCUG